AUGGCAGAGAGCGAGGCGGAGACUCCGAGCACCCCAGGCGAGUUCGAGAGCAAAUACUUCGAGCACCAUGGGGUCCGGCUGCCACCCUUCUGCAGGGGGAAGAUGGAGGAGAUCGCCAAUUUCCCAGUGAGGGAUAGCGACGUCUGGAUCGUGACCUACCCCAAGUCAGGCACAGGCUUGCUCCAGGAAGUGGUGUACUUGGUGAGUCAGGGGGCCGACCCGGAUGAAAUCGGCUUAAUGAACAUCGAUGAACAGCUUCCUGUCUUGGAGUACCCUCAGCCAGGACUGGACAUCAUCAAGGAGCUUACAUCUCCUCGACUCAUCAAAAGCCACCUCCCCUACCGUUUCCUGCCUUCAGACCUCCACAAUGGCGACUCCAAGGUGAUAUACAUGGCUCGCAACCCCAAAGACCUGGUGGUUUCUUACUACCAGUUCCACCGCUCUCUGAGGACCAUGAGCUACAGGGGAACAUUCCAAGAAUUCUGUCGAAGAUUCAUGAAUGAUAAAUUAGGAUACGGUUCAUGGUUUGAGCAUGUCCAGGAAUUCUGGGACCAUCAUAUGGAUUCAAAUGUGCUUUUCCUCAAGUAUGAAGACAUGCACCGGGACCUGGCGACGAUGGUGGAGCAGCUGGUGAGAUUCCUGGGGGUGUCUUACGACAAGGCCCAGCUGGAGUCCAUGGUGGAGCAUUGCCACCAGCUCAUUGACCAGUGCUGCAAUGCGGAGGCACUUCCUGUUGGGCGCGGAAGAGUUGGGCUAUGGAAGGACAUCUUCACUGUAUCCAUGAAUGAGAAGUUUGAUCUGGUAUACAAACAGAAGAUGGGAAAGUGCGAUCUUGUCUUUGACUUUUAUUUAUAAAAGAGAUAAAGAGAAAACUCAAAAUACAAAAAACUUUGCAUGCUCGCAGCACCCGUGUCCUGUACGACUAGCUAGAAGCCCUUGAUGCGUUCCCUUAUGACUUGCUGGACAAACAUUGGUAGCUCUGUGUAAAACAACUGGAAAAAGCCAACUGCUAAGUACCUGUAGGCCACAUAAUUACCUUCAGUCCCAAACAGCCCUCUAAUUUGUAGUGUUUGAAGUCCCUUAUCUACUCGUAUGAACAUAAGCCGUUACAAAAACAUGCAGCUGUGAUGGACUGUAUUAUAUAUAAGUACAAAGUAUGUAACAUAUAUGCAAUUAGAAUGUAUACUUUAAGCCCCAUCCUGAUUAUUUAUUGUAUUUUAUAGAGCUUUUCACCAAGACUCUGAAUAAACAAAGUAAACCAAAAAAGUUCAUUUCAGAGGGGAAUCGGUGACUAGCCCAAAUGGAAUUCUAGAAUGAUCUCAGGGGUUAACUGUUCUAUUUAUUUUUGUAGUUUUAUCAUAAAGGGCACAAUUAGCUGGUUCUUAGAUGAGUAAUGGCUCCAAGACGGAGGGUAGGGAUGGGGCAAGAGGCUAGAAGAGAGCUUUUACUUCUUUGAUUUUUUUAGGGCUCGGUCUUUGGUGUCUCUUCUGAAAUAUAAGCAUGUCCUGGCUUCCCAUAGGUUCCUUGAUCUUAUGGAAGUACAGUGUUACUUAAAAAAAAAAACAACUAGAGGGUCAGUUAAUUCUUUAAGAAUGAUGUUACCAAUCAGACAGUAAGCAGAUUGGUGGUGAACUGUGCUUGUACUCCAAGGCUAGCUCAUAUCACUCAAAUCAUUUUCUGGAUGAGGGAGGGCUUUCUGCAUGUUUUUUUUUUUGGGGGGGGGGGGUUGUACUUAGAGGCUUGUGGAGAUUGUUAGGAGAACUUUGGUGAGAGAGUUAUGGCAAAAGGAGUCCAACACACGGGCAUGUAACACAAUUUGAAGUAUUCAAAUGGAAGAUGACAUUACAGUGGCAGAAAACAUUAGCCAUAAACUGCAACUGGAAAUUGUUUUACUCCAUACCUGCCUUUUUUGUCCCCUAAGACAGCAGUCAACUGAAACUGGCAAGUCGACUGCCGAAUAUGAGACUGAUAAAAAUAUUCUUCCUUUUUCCAUACUGUUUAUGUUGUUCUCUCUGUACUUGAGUCCUUGGCUGCAGGAGAAACAUUUUGCAAGCUUGACACUAUAUAUUUCACUCAGACCAGUACUUGCUCCUGUUUACAUGAGCCCUGAACCUCAUGGUAUCUGAAGGGAAAGGGGAUAUCGUUAUUGCCUUCCCAUGAGACCUGAAGCACAGAGAACCCAGAGGGGUAAGGAAAGAGACUCUCAAGAGCAUCAGAGAAAAGCAUGGGGGACAGGAGAGUGAGAAGGGAGGUAGGCAGGGAUGUGGGCGGCUGCCUUCUGGUUCUGAAUCACUUUCCAUGGGAGCUAUGACAAUGCUUGUCUCUUCUAAAAUGAACCAGCUGCUGAAAUGCAGUACUUACCCAAGUUCUAGCACUAGAAGGUAGAUACCACCCCCCAAAGGGCUCGAUUCUGUGCUGCUUUAUUUGAAACACAGGUGUAGACACUGGAUUUAUACUUUUAUUCCUUUUUAAAUAAAAGAAAAAGAAAAUGCUGUUUGGAGAGCAGGUGGCCGAUAGUGUGGCCCAGCACCUUCUCUUGCCUAGCUGUGUGUGAGGCUGCUUUCCAUGAAAUUUCAUUUCUAUUUUUCUAUUUUUCGUAUUGUAUUGACCUUAAGCACUGCGUGUUAUUUCUGUGCUUGCUCGCUUGCUUCUCUAAUAAAGACAUGUUCCGUGCCUGGGGUCCUUUCA